AAGCAGCACAAAAGAUAGCAGGCAGUGGGAACGGGGAAUUGAAAAUUUUGCAGAAAUGGGUAAUGGUUGUACAAAGUUACCUGCAGACUAUGAAAUACAAGUAAAAACAGGUAAAGUGUAUUACGAUUGUUAUUAUCUUGUGAAGCUUGCGUGUGUGCUUGUUGUUGUGUUGUGUUUCGUGUUAUAUGAUAAUAUGGGCCAUCAUAUGUUUGUGUUCUGAUUGUUUAUGUUUCUAUUUAGCAAUUUGUAAAUAUUAUGUACAAUCAAGUUAUUGAAUAGUGACUUUUUCAAGCUUUCUAGAAUUGGCUGUUGAUCGGUAUGACCCACUGAUUAAAGUUUUGUAUUUAUAACUUAAAAUUCUCCAUAUUUAUUGUGGGAUCAAUAUUCGUAGUUCCACAGCUUUACAUGCAGACACUUUUACAAUCUAAGGUUGACAAUUAAAACCAUGCCUAUAUAUAUCCGCGGUAGUUAGCAGCGAUCCAGACUUCAAGCAUGCAACCACCCCAGAACUAAAUCUGAUUCAGUAAAUCUUAUAAGUAUAUGUUACACAUGCAGUUUUAUUUUUUACAGUCAGCUCGCUCGCAUACUUUCAAUACAUGAAAUGUUGAUUGAUUUUAGGACUAAAUAUAAGAAUUAUUCAGGAAUAUAAUGUCCGAAAUAAAGAAUGGCCGCGGAGUAUUCCAUAACUAUUUUUGACAAAAUUGAUGAUGAUAUAGUAUAUAACUUAUAGUUAUACCAUAACAUAAUAAUUGUAAUCCUGCACAUGUCUCAAUGGCUUCGUUUCUAUGUUUGCCUGUUCCAGUAUGGCAAGCGCAUGUUUGUGCACGAAUAUAUUUAUCUUCGUUCUCUAUCCCAAUCACGUACAUGCCGAUCUGGCACCCUAUUGUGGGCGAAACAUGUGAUGUGCAACCCACAUAAAAACAAAUCCAUUGGCAUUGUGGCAAGUACUAGUGACGUCUAUACGAAAAAGCUAGAUAUAACUCGUACUAAUAUCGUUCCAUAAUUAUUUCAGGGGACGUAAAGGGCGCUGGUACAGACUCGAAUGUCUAUAUAAUUUUAAUAUCCGAGUCAGGAAUACAAUCCCGUGCCAUCAAUCUUGAUUGCACAUGGCGAGAUGACUUUGAAAAAGGAAAUGUGGAUAGUUUUAAAGUUGGUGGUAUUUCACGACUUGGUUCCAUCGGAAAAAUCGUGCUAUGGCGUGACUCGUCCCGAUUGAAUGACGAUUGGUUUGUCCUGUGGGUCAAAAUUAGAAAUCUUCACGCAUUGUACGAGAAUCUAGACUGUUUCCCGGUCAAUAGGUGGAUCAGGCAUGACAGAAGAAUGGUUAUAACGAAGUAUGACUGUAUACUACCCCAGUUUGACGACAAUCAAGAACAAAGAGCUUUGGAAAUUCUGGAGAAAAGAAGAACCUAUGGAUUGACAAGAAAGAAACCUGGAAUACCAAAACAGGUAAGAAAAUUCGCUUUCGGAGGAUUAAUGAUUUAACAGUUAAUGAAUGAGGUUGAGCAUGAUUAUAAAGAAUUAUCAAGUCCUACGUGUCCUAUCAACCGUAGCCGGCGAAGGCUGAGGGCUUGAUUCUUUGUUUAAAAGAUGAAAAAGACAUCCACACGUGUGGGUUCAAUUCGUCAAAAUAAUGACCAGUUCCUUUUUCCUUUCAUAAGUUCGUUAAGAUGUUUCAAAACCUUUUGUAGCUGUUUUCGUUGAUAUUUCUUCAUUUUUCUUUAUACAGGGUGUCCCCCAAACAAGUCCCCCUUUUGAAAUCACUCUUGUGCGUUAUCAUACCUUUGGGAAUUUAAUUUAAUUGUAGAUGAACAGCGGAAGUAUUUACAACUUCCUUUAAUCCUUCAUUAACACUUCGGAUACACUUUGCGUUAACGUUUAAGUUAAUGUUACGACAAAUAUUCGUUGCUCUGUAGUCAGUUGAAACAUUCUUACUCAAAAUGACGGUAAGACGAAUUAAUUUGUAAUUUGACAUUUUUGUGUUGCUGUUCGUUUUAGAAGCUAUUUUAAAAGGUAUAACAACGCACGUUUAACAACAAAAGAGUGAUUUCUAUAGGGGGACUUUUUUGGGGACACCCUGUAUAUAAAUACGAAAUGUAAAAACAAAACCAUGUUUUGGUCGUGUUUCCACAUUUCGUAUUCGUAUUUCCAGAUCAUGACGUCAUAACGUUGAAUAUGAUUUUCUUCAUGUUCAACAUUAUAAACUCAACAUUUGGUCAGCUAUAAACAGUUGAUAUCACGAUUUCAUAAAAAUAUGUAAAAAAAUAUUCAUGUAAAAAGUAUCCCAGUUUGUCAUCAGCGCCCGCAUUCAUUUUUCGUGCCGCAUGGAUUUUUUUAUACUUGACAACGUGUAUGAUAUUGCGCUUGGACCUUGGCAGUUGUAAUAUUAAUGAAAAGUGUAAUAGCAUUGAAAAUAUUGCACCAUAUACAACUGUGCUGCGUGUUUGAGAAAAAACAAAACAAAUGCGCCCUCCCGCACGGUUUUUUUCUGCUGCCACUGAUGAUAAACCGGGAUAUGAUUUAUUACAUGGCCUAAAUGAAUAAUAAUAUGAAUUACAUGGACUGAACACGGAAUUUAAAAAGAAUUAUCAUAAUUCAGUCAUCGUCUUCUCUUAAUACGGAUUACUUGAUAAAAAUCACGUAUAUUCAUCUACUGUAGUUUGAGCUUUCAUUUGCGCAUGCAAUUGAUAUAAAUCUCAACUGGAAGAUUUAAAUAAAUAAUUUUGUAAAUUAAUAUUCGACCGUGUAAAAACAUGCAUGAAUAGAAAGUUUUAAACAUGAUCUCCAGAAACUUUCUCUUCUACCUCUGUGUUUAAAACCAAGCACGUGAAAUGAAAAAACUAAGUGGCAUAUUAUUCCUGGUUCAAUGUCCGCAAGUCUCAAUUUCUAUUCCCUUUCCCCGCGGUAGUACGUCAUGACAUUGGCAUUAAAGUGCAUCAGAAAAAUAGGGAUUUCAGCACAUUUAGCAGAUCAACUUGUGCUUUCUUUCAUCUAUUGCAUAAUCCAAAGCUAAUCCAACUGCAUGUACACACUCAUUUUAUAAAUGGCAUUACUACUAUUGAACAAUAGAAACCACUCAGAAUGCGCUUUCUUCCUCCCAAGGGAACGGUCAUCAAUGAUUAUUAAAUGUUACCAUAAGAGCAACAUCAGUAAUCUGCUUCCCGCUCAGAAGAAAGCACUACCACUCAUCAUCGUGGUUGUGAAUGUUGUCUAUGUUAGAAAACAAAGACGGGACACGUACUAUAGAAAUGAUCCUAAAAAAUACGGUCAUAACAUUGAAUGAAAUAUUUAGAUCUUUUAUUGCUGUAUAUGCGUGUGACGAUUGUGGGACUUAUGAUGUUUUAUUAUCCUUUGGUUUUGCACAUGCGUAGUAUGUAGUGUGCUAUUCUAUUUUUACAACAUUGUUAGUAACAAACACACUAUUAUCAGGAAAAUUUAUUAAGUGAAAUAUAUUAAAUUAAGUGAAUGCAUGGGAAAGGUCCUUUCUCAGUGCAUAUAUAACUUCAAGAAAGUUUUCCCGAGCUUUUGAGCCGUUAAUAUUUAAUAAUAGAAAUAAUAGAUAAUCUAUUAUUUCUAUGAAUUUGAUAUAUUAAGGGAAAUAGUUAAAUACAAGACAUGUAGUUGUUGGUUCAAGUCUGAAGUGACAAAGUCGAUUUUCAUGGUUGUGUAAUUCAGCCUUGCAAAUUCUGCAUCAUUGAGGCCGGAUAACUUAUAUUAUUACAUUUGCAUUGUUUGUUUGUUUGUAAAAGAAUGAGGAGAAAACACUUACCUAAAUGUAUGAUUAAUGAAAUGCUGAAUCAGCAUUGUUGAAAUACAUUGUAAGCCUGGUUCUCCUUAAUCGGCGAUGUUCUACGAUCCAUUCUCUGCGAGUUUUCUUCGAAGAAGAAAAUGACAAAACAUUUUAUGCAUCAAUGACCACCAACUAUGGGCAUCGCCAAUGUUUAUGGUAAAUGAGAAUCAGGCUUAACUAACUUCCAAACGCUUUUUGGAUCACUGGGUACAAAAACCUAGAUUUAGAUCAGUUGUCAAAAAAUACGCAUAUAUGUAAUAGAUGUUGAUGACGCACCUUGACGGUUGACGUCGUGCUGAGAACAUUUGAGACUUUGAGUGGCAAACAAACGUUGUGUGCUUGUGGGAUAAAUAUAAACUCGUAUAUUGCACAUGCGCUCAUUACUUGAAUGUUAUAAAAACACUUAAUUACCUUUAAAUUAACUUGAAAGUACGCUGCCGAGGAUUGUUUCUAAACUACUUGCUAAGAGUAGAAAUCGUCAAGAAAGCCUUUGCGCAUUGGUGAGGAAUUUGAUAACCCCUGGCUAAGGACCUUUGAAAUGUUUAGAUAUCGUAUUAUUACAUUAAAGAAUAGAAAAUUGUUACCGAAAAAUAAUUCUUCUUAUUCCGGACAUUCCUAGAUUGCUAAAUUCCCAAAAGACGAGCACUUCAGCAAUGAUUACAAGGUAAUAGUACUGGGUAUCGCAAAAUCCUCAUUAGCAUAGUUUGCCGCUGGCAUGAAAAUAUUUAGUAGAUUAGGGGAACUUACUUCAUGUAUGCCUAUUAGUUUUUCCCGACAUACUUUAUUUCUGGUUAAUAGUUCACCCUUUCGAUAACAACGUCACAAAUUCGUGCAUUGUCCAGGAACAUCAUUCUCACGAAUUGUGAACGAUCGAAUAGACGUUCGUCUUGAUUCAUGAGAGCCAGACCAAGGAAGUACUCGUGACGUAAUUAUGACAGGUUGAAUUUUGGUAAUCUUGCAAGCCAGCUAACUCUUUAGCCCCCCCCUACAGACACUCGAACCCCAGGUUUGUUCACUUGUACAUGAAAUCUGACCAACAAACGAAAAUACAAUUUGCUUCUCGGGCUUCAGUCUUCACAUUUGCAAUUUGUAACAUUCCAUCAGAGAUUACCACGCAAUUUGUAACAUCCCAUCGCUUGGCAAAAACCCUGGUCACCUCGGGUGUGGAAAAAAUGUGACAUAUAUACGAAACUGUUUGAAUGCAAUUUGUAAUGUUUUUCUUCAGUGGGAUAUCCAAAGUACGAAGUACCGUUUGUUUGCGCAAUCCAAGUUAACCAAGCUCACCACCGACUCCUGGGAAAGUUUGGAGGAUUUGAAGAACAUUUAUAUUGGAAAAUUCAGUGUACCUGAGGUAAACGAGUUACAGGGCACGACUGUUCAACAUUUUCUUAUGUAUAUAUGGACGCCAUUAUUAGAAAUUGUUAAUAUAAAUAGCAGAAGCCCGAAUUACGUGCUUAGCUUAAUGUCUCAAUUAUACCAUCAGAACUGCAGUUACAUUUUUGAAAGCCAUGACGCCAUGUACAGAAGGGAAUUUUCAGUGAUGGUUAAAGUUAGAUCUGUACUGUUCUAUAUUAAAUAUUGCUUGCUACUUGCAAUGUAACGCGCGUCCCUCGUAUAGUUUUAGUUAUAAUACUGCUUUACAAUUGUUUUUCCAGGGUACCAGAUACUGGGAAGAUGACAGGAAUUUUGGUCGACAAAGAUUGCAAGGAUGUAAUCCAAAUGUAAUACGUCUCUGUACAGAAAUUCCACCAAAGUGAGCAAAUUUUGUGCCAUUGUGUCUUGCCAGGCAUUCCAACCUUAGCCGGUAGCCAGAAAUUGUGAGGUUGAAAAAUUCACUGUUUCUUUUUCAAAAAAAUUUAUUUGGCCUCUGACGUUAGACCUAUGCAUCAAUAAGACUUUAGUUAAUAAAAUAUUGUUGAGAUUUUGUUAACAGUUUUAAAAUUGUUUUACUUGUAUUGUUGCACUUAUUCGCGAUGAUACAAUUAGUAACUGAACAGUUCCCGCUCAAGGUUUUCCUGCGUACAUACUGUUUUUAUCGUAUCAUUUCUUUCGACAAAAUUAAUUGAUUGUUCCACUUUUUGAUAGCUUCAAAGUAACAUCAGAGAUGGUGAAGCCGUUCCUUGAAGGACGCUCUUUACAAGAAGCGAUAGAACUAAACAAAAUUUACAUCAUUAACUACAAGGGCGUGCUGGACGUGACUGGCAUGGAGAACAGAAAGGUAUAACGGUCAUGCAACUUGCAAAUUGCGUUCAUGUUUUGUUGUUUAUUUCCGAACAUGUUUAAUUCUUUGGUGUGCUCUUUAUUUGAUCAUGUGUUAUUGAUUUACUGUUUUUAUUUCGUUUAUGUGACAGAUAUGGAUACGCCUUUCACAAAUUUGGAGAUGUGUUAUUUUUGAAAUUAAAACAGGCACUGUUUUGAGAAAAAACAACUUUGCUGGGAAAUCAAGCUGAUCAUACAAACUUGUUGUGUGUUUUCCUUGACUUCAUUAUACCAAUUAGUCUGCAAGGCAUAACCUGCAGUUUCGGUGCCUAGAUGUAUUCCUGGAAUUACUAUUCUGACACUAUGCCCAAAUUAAUAUACAAAUUCGUGAUCAAAUUUUGAGUGUCAUAUUUCCUCACAGAGGAUAAAUAUAAGCUUCACUUUUUAUCUUUCGUAGUUGGCAAUACCAAUGGCAUUGUUCUAUGUCAACAACCAAGGAGAUCUUCUUCCUAUUGCUAUACAAUUGUUCCAGCAACCAGCUGAAGACAAUCCGGUAAUGCUCUUAAACAAAGUUUCUUGUAUUCAAAUAUAUCGUAGUCCCCUUAAGCUCCGAGUGCUUAUUUGGUUCAGGAAAGCUUGUAUUGGGAUGGGGCACAUUGGAGUAGGGGUUUGAUAGAGAAGGACAGCAUUAUUUAGUAUUGAUUAAAUCAAUCUCUGAACCAAUCAUGGAUUCAUGGUACCUGCACAUGUGUUUAAACAGUGACACAAAUUUAAAUAACGAAAAACAAACAUUUUUCUCCUUCCAGGUUUUUCUUCCAAAUGAUCCGGCAUAUACAUGGAUGCUUGCCAAAAUGUAUUUUAAUAACGCUGAUUGCUCCUACCACCAGUCUUGUACACAUCUUGGUUAGUGAAUAUGUACAGGAUCAAUUUAGAAAUAUUACAAUCGCAUAUGAUUAUAUGACAUUUUGCUUCUUACCACGAGUUUUUUGAAAUGACUUAAUAUCGAUUGCCAUAUACAUACAUAGUAUGCAUGAGCGGUCGUGUUGUUGGUUGUCCUCUGAACUGAAGGUCAAAACUCACAACUGCGCAACGUCGACGUAUAUAUAAGCCAGAAUUGCACAAUGGACACGUUUAUUUCUCUUUUUAUGCUGCCAUACAUGCAGACCCCGGCCCGUAAUUAGGAUUUUAGACUUACUGAGUCGAGCAAAAAUAACGCAAGAAUCCUCUACAUAUACGGUGGCCUGGGGGCAUGCUCCUCAGAAUAUUGAUUUUGUAAGGCGUAGAAACACGGCCAUUUCCUGCAUUGUGAGAGCAGUUUUAACAUGAUCAAUCUCAUAAACAGUGAGUUAGUGACACAUUGACUAUUAUUUUAUAGUCUAUCAGUUUUACAGUUGUACCUCAAUCCUAAAAAUUACACUAAAUAUAUGCUUGGUCCAACCUGAGUAGGUGCAUAAUAAAAACUGUUUGUUGUAAUAAUUGGGACGCCUAACUCACACUUCUUUUGAGUUGGGAAUUUGGGAAACUUGUGCAGCAGCCGGCCAAUGAUCUCACUGUAGUUUUUCAAAGGACAAAAAGUGCCCUUUUUUGUGAUGAAAAGUGCCCUUUUUUGUACAAGCUAAUGUCGCUGUAAAUACUAAAUUAACAUGAAAGGUGCCCUUUUUGUUUGGUAAGUUCGAUGCAAAAACGUGCAAUUUCGGUAUAGUAUGACGGGAAAAUCCCCCUCCCCCGUCGCCAACAUUUCCGGAAAAAUAUUUUAGGUGCCCUUUUCAAUAUCCAAAUGUGCCCCUGGAAACCGGUGUCCCCCCCUCCCCCCCCCCCAUCUUUUGAUGCUUCGUACGCCCCUGACCAGAAGGGAUGUUCUCUUCGCCUGGAAAAACUACAGUGUUGUCUCUCUCUCUUCACUAACUAGCUAGCUUGACUCAUAGCUGGUUAUGGGCUUGAUGAAACCUGGAAAAAUGAUUGAGGAAUAUUUGCCAAUUUUUCACUCAUACGUUAUGGGAGAAUCUUAUUAAAGGGAUAUGGCAAUAAAAAUUAACUUUGUCUUAUUUGAAAGAACUUUUAAAGUUAUAUAUGAAGUCCCUCUACAAUUUUUUCAUACCUUGCUUGGUUUUGGAAAUAUUUUGACCUAAAACAGUAUGCAGUCCGCCAUCUUGGUAUUAUAAUUGACCUAAUUAAGUGAGUUUUUGAUGACGUCUAAGCAUGGUAAACUUGUUAAAACUUCUUCAUGUUGGACUAAAUUUCUUCGAAAAGUUUCUUAAAAUGUUGUGAGUUAAUUGAGUACUAAAAAGACUUCGAAAAAUCGAGUUUCAUAUUGAUAAUGACAUGUGGUUCGCUUUUUACCCUACUUGUGACGUAUGCAUAUCGAACGCACAUCCAAGACGGCGGAAUGCACGCUGCUUUUGAUCAAAAUAAGUCGAUUUAUUUCGAAGAUACGGAAUAAUUGUAAAGGAAGUUUAUAUAUCAUUUUAAAUGUUCUAGACUUUCAAAAAAACCAACUUAAUUUAUAUUGCCAUAUCCCUUUAAGGAACCAUUAUAUCAUACUUCCUUAUCACUUCCUUAUUGGUCAUUUGAGAUUGUGAAGUGUUAAAAUAUGGCACAUUUUGCAGAACAAAACUUAAUUCCAUUCAUUCCCAUCGUGCUUUUUGUGGUUUUAAUUUUGACUUUGAAAGGACAAUCUUAAUUGAAUAGAUGUUUUCAGAUCUCUGAGCCGAAAGCGAAUGAUUGUAUUGCAUAAGCUUGUGAAACGCAAGGAUCUAGUAAGUCAUAGAUGUAUAUAUUAUUUUUGUUCAGGAUUUACUCAUCUGAUCGCAGAGACUGUUUGUGUUGGGACUCACAGACAGCUGUCACCAUCCCAUCCGCUAUUUCGCUUAUUGGCACCACAUUUCUUGUAUAUCUUGGCUAUUAACUCGUAAGUUACUUAAUAAUAGCCAAUAUUUCAGUUGUUUAACUCCUCGAGGGCGAUCAUAAUGUGUGGGUGGGGGUAUGAAACCAAAUUCUGUUUUAAGGUUACUUCACAUGAUGAACGUGCGUUUUAGUCUAUUGAACAUGGCGCAACGAAUUUUAGGUGCAACUUUACCAAAUUUUUAGUGAAGAAAGCCAAGAAAAUACUGAUUUCGAAAAUCCUCAUUAGUGAUGGGUGUUCUGUUUAAACAUGUCCAAUAUUGGCUGACUAAAGAAAUAUAUAGGUAUCCCAUAAAAAAAUCAAAAUAUGUUUAUAGGUUACCCCAACGUUUGUCUACAUAUCUCUAUUUGAAUAUUCAUAGUACGGUAAAAAAAAUGUGUGCGGAAAAUUUCUCUUCUUUAAUGGUUUUUCUGAUAUGACGUUUUCUUUGACAACUUCGUGAAUUAUCAGUGACAAAUCCAAGAAUCAGGGCAUAUCAGAAAAACCACUAAACAAGAGAAAUUUUCCGUACACGUUUUUUUUUACCGUGCUUAUGAAGAUUCGAAAUUGCGAUAUCUAGACAAACGUUGAGGUAAACUAUAAACAUAUUUUGAUUUUUUUAUGAAGGUACCUAUAUAUUUAUUCAGUCAGCCAAUACUGAAAAUGUUUAAACAGAACACCCAUCAAAUCAAAAUUUUCGAAAUCAGCAUUUUCCUGGAUUUCUUCACUGAAAAUUUGGUAAAGUUAUACACCUACAAUUCGUUGCGCAAUGUCCAAUAGACUAAAACGCACGUUCAUCGUGUGAAGUAACCUUAAUGAGAGGGUUGAAAGAUUUUGUGAUAAAAAUAGGAGACAUAUACCAAACGAAAUUUCCACAUCGAUUCUUCUCUCUUGGUUAUAACAUGCUACAACACCAUGAUAUGUACUCUGUAAGCGAUAACGAAAAUCGGAAACUUUUCGGGCGUCCACAUAUUUUUGAAACAGAAAUUGUAGAGAAGACAGGGAAAGUUCUUCUAAAUCUAAACCAUCUGUAACUUUGAAACAGCAUUAGCAUUCCCGGAUUUAGAAUUUUAGGAAAAACUAACUUAAUUUACUUUGAAUCUAAGUUACAGAUUUUUUUCCAGGAACAGAUUUUGUUUCACUGAUAAUUAUAUAUAUAUAGUCAGCGUUGAUUCAUAUAUUCACAGAUAUUUACUUAUGCAUUGGAUUAAAAACAGUUAAACAGUGAGUCUAAGAAGGUUUGUCGAAAGCUUGUCAAGAUAUUAUGUCGGACCGGCAAAUGGUUUGGCCCCUUGACCGUAUUUAAGGGCUCCUGACCAUAUAGAGAGAUUUCAGCUACAGUUCACUUUGACCAGAUUAAUUAUCACGGCCCUAAAAUUGUAACAGCAUGGAAAUGUUUGCAGCAAAAUCAUUAGCUUAUCUUUCAUUUUCACCUCAGGCUUGCACUAAAUAAGUUAAUAUCUCCUAAUGGUUGGAUUGACAAUACGAUGACGUGUGGAGCAAAUGGAAUUGUUGAAAUUGUAAAGAAAAGGUAAACCAUCUAAUAUAUAUGGUUCAGCAUUUAUUAUUUGAUAUGAAAUGCGUUCAAUCCCCAGAGGGAUAUCAGAUAUAUCGAUGAUUUAUCAAAGGUAUGUUUCCCAAGAAAUUAUCUGUGUUCCUUCCUGCAAUAGAAUUGUGUUCCUUCCUGCAAUUGGCUGUAGCUGUUGCGGAAAUCCUGCCUUGUUUAUAUAUAUAUAGUAAUUUGAUGUUUCUUCUUAAUAUUGUUACCAAGGCAAAGUUAGAUAAAUUAAAAUUAAAUAGAGCGUUUGCACAUGACGUCACAGCCGCCAUGCUGGUGUUCCAAUUCAAAAGAAUCUUAAUUAGACUCUUUUGUCUGGAACGUCAGCAUGGCCGCCAUGGUUUUUGUUGAGUUGGUCCCUGGGGAAUGAGUGCAAACGCUCUAUAAAAGCUGAUUGCUUAUACUGUAUAUAUUCACCGAAUAAAACUAGUCAAAGAAAAAAAUGCCAAAACCCAACUUGCUUUAUGCUUUGACAAGUCCAGGGUCAAGUACCUAGGUAUGUGUCAGAGGUACGUUAAAUUUGGCCAGAAAAUUUUCAAUACCAUAACUAAAGCUGGAUUUCCACUUGCAAGAAAAAUUUCGCUCAAUUCCUUUUGAAUUGUGAGCGGUCAAGAGAACUGAUUUAUUCGGAUGGUCACAAUUCAAAAUAAAUGAAGCGAAAUAUUUCUCUUUAAGUGGAAAUCCACCCUACGUAGUUACGCAGAAAUAUGAUUGAACUGAUGAGAUGACACGGAACGUAGGAAUGAAUGUUAGAGACAAUUAGCCUAAUUCUCACGCGGGCACAGAAUGACGCAUUUCAAUAUCUGGCUUUUAGGGGUACUGUCUUUACGUUGUACAGAGAAUAUAGACUAUCUCAGCAAUCUGAAAAGCGGCUUUUCAAAAUUUGUAAAGGCCGAGACACACUGGACGCGAUUCGAGAACGCGGUGCGAUUUUUCAGUAUUUGAAAGUUAAUAAAACAGGCAAUUGAAAGGAGAUUUUAAAAGAUAUGUACGACCAAAUAACUCAAAAUGUUAUAGUGUUUCUAAAUAUUUGAAAAACGCGUUAUUGAAUCGCGUCCGCGGUGUGUAUCGGCCUUAACUGUAAAUUUACUAUUAUUUUGCACACUACAAUGUUAAAAAGUCGUAUUUCGCUGCGCGCGCAUUCUCAGACUUAGGACAAGCAGUACCCCCCCCCCCCCACCAAAAAGGCGGAUAAACCGAUAAUUGUAUGCAUUGUAUAUUACUAUGCAGUUGCACGUGCAUCUUCUCGUUUAUCCUUUGUUAUUGAAUCUUCACUGUGCUUUAUGUACAUUAUUUAAAUAAAGACUAAGUUCACCUUGAGUAUUCGAUAUAUUUAUUCUCAAGUCUGUAUCAGUCUCAAGUAAAUGGCGAUAAUCAUUGAAUUGGAAGUAAAACCUUGAAUAUCGCGCCCUGAGAACAUUUUGGCUGACAUAUUGCUAGCCUGCGAAUACAGACGCCUCACAUCGGGCGAAAUGUACUGCCCGAGGGAGACUCCCUCGGGCAGUACAUUUCGCCCGAUGUGAGGCGUCUGUAUUCGCAGGCUAACAUAUUGCUGGCAUACGUUAGUUCGGUGCACUUAAAUUCUGCACAUGCCCUUCGGAAAGUUUUGAAAUCAGCAUGCAGUUUAUGACUGCCAAAUAGUGAAUAUCCGUUUAAAUGCGCAUGCUCUUAUAUAUGCAUGAGGAGUAAUAAAGGAUGUAGAAUCUAUAAUUACAAAACUGUAUAAAUAUAGUGUAUGGUCUGAUUACUCUUAUCCUUUUAAGCUGGAGAAAUUGGAGGAUGGAUGUGCAAGGUUGGUUGCCUAACGAUCUGGCGUCCAGAGGGGUAAGAACUUGGCAGUAUUAUACCAUUACUUAUACCAAUAAAGUGAAUGAGUUGACGGCGACAAGGUAUAGUAUCACACGUUCUUAUUCGGUAUAGACCACUACCUAUAGACCACUAUCUGUUACUCCUAGUGUCUUCGUCAAGGGCAACUUAAAGUCGAAUCGUGGCCUUUAAUUAACAUAUUAAGAGCCAAUUCUCUUCCCUUCACGAGUAAAAUCUUAGUGGGUUAAUACUUCAGGGAUGGCGUCACUACGUGUCCAACUAGGUUAUGAUAUACUCUUGUGAAAGAUGGCUAAAUGUAAUCCCAAUUCAAACAUGAUUCAUGGAUAAGUUUAUAGUUGCUAGAUCAUACAGAAUAAACGCCUUCAAAUCUUUGACAUUAAUGACUAUCAGCGCGGUAAUGUCUCGGGCGUUACAAGCUCAAUGCAAGUCUUUUUCCUAUUGACUCAACAUGCUGGGUAGCCAAAACUUGAUGCCAUUACAAUGAUUGAAAUUUCUACCUUCGCCAGUCUUCAGAUCUAUAUGAAGUUCUCAUGUCCAACGUUUUCCUUGUUAUUAAACAGGUGGAUGAUUAUGACGCUCUGCCUUACUAUCCAUACAGAGAUGACGCUAUACUACUUCAUCACGUCAUCUGGGAUUAUGUACGCGAGGUACUCGAAGGUCACUAUG